AUGCGCUCCACCGAAGUUUUUUCAAUUUCAUCGGCGGAUUUCAAUCAUAAUUUCCUUUUUGAAUUUCAUUCAUCCACCAGUUAUUGAAAUUUAAAGAUCUUCUGUUUCAUAUGACGUGUUCAUCGGACAAAACGAAAAUUGCUUGGAAACGAAAAAAAAUUAGUACUGUUUCGAAGCAACUUUGACGCGCCGAUGAACACGAUUUUUCGUUUUGAAGCAUGAUCCAUUUCUCCAAUGAACACGCCAAUAAAAAUUCAAACCCACUGGCUCUUUUUUCAAUGAGCGAAUUUUUUUAAUUACUCAAUACGUUUUGAACAGUUAGAUUCUAAAAGCACUCAAGUCAGUAUUUUUGGGUAUUUUCAAGGUCAUUACUCCAUUUUGCAAAGACGGAUGAGCCGGCCGAUUAGUAUAUCCUUUUUUUGGUUUAGUUUUUUGAAUCUAGGAGUAGCUCAUUUCACACUUCUUCUACACAUUUUUCAGUGCUUUGGAGAUUUUUUUCAGCUUUUCAUAGAAUUUUUCCAAUCUAAAAUUCAGUUUUUAGCACAAAAUUUGCUCACCUUCUGUACUUGAGCAUUCAAUAGUUUUGCUUUUUCGUUCCUUAGAAAAGUUUAGGGGGCCCCGAUAGGGUUUUGAUCCUUUUGGGGCCCCGAUAGGAAGUGAAAUAGGGGCCCCUCAAGAGGAAAAUUUCAGGGGCCCCAGUUUCUUUUGAACUUCCAAAACGAUUCGGGGCCCUAUAGGGGGCCCCUUCUUAUUAAGCCCUUUUGGGGGCCCUAAACCAGGUUUUCGGGGCCCCAAUAAAGUUUUGGUCAUUUCGGUGCCCCGAUAGAGGGUAAAAUAGGGGCCCACUCAAGGGGAAAAUUUCAGGGGCCCGAUUCGGGGCCCUAUAGGGGGGCCCCUUCUUAUUAAGCUCUUUUGGGGGGCCCUAAACCAGAUUUUCGGGGCCUGAAAUAGGGGCCCACUCAAGGGGAAAAUUUCAGGGGCCCCAGUUUUUUUUCUCUCCGGAGUUUUCUUUCGUUUUUGACUUUUUACCGAGGGAUUUUCGUUUCGAAAUGAGCCCCGCGCCGCUCAUACUUAGCUGGUGAUGCUGAAGUUCCUUUUCAGAUUUUUUUGAAGAGAAAAAAACAGGUAAGUUUGAAUUUUUUUCUUAUUUUUCUUAAAGAUUCUUCUUGUUUUAAAGUUUCAAAAAAGUCAUUAAUUUCGAAAAAAAUCUAAAAAAAGAGAAAAAAAGAAAAAAACAACCAAAAAAAUUGAGCAUACAUUUUUUUAAAUCAAAAAAAUAACGGGGGCUUUCUUACGGGGUGGGAAAAACAAAAUUCGAAUUAUUUCCCAAAUAAUAUUUUUUUAUUUUCAGGUCGGCAACCGGGAGAAGGCAGCGACGACGGAGUUUCGGAAGUUGGUGCCCUUCGAUAGGUAAUUAGACUUUUUUUUCGGAAUCUAUAGCUAAAUUAUUGUUUUUAGGGUCGAGCGCAAACGAGGAAGGUCUAGGAAAAAGCUUCAAAAAAAGCGGAAGGUGAUUUUUUACAUCUUUGGUGAAAAUCUUUGCUUUUUGAUAGUUGAAUUUCGGAGUCGCCUUAUUUUCAAAAUGCUGAUCAGAAGUAUAGUGAAGAUUUUUUUCUUACCACGAACAAAAAAAUAAAAGUUUAAAGCAACCUGAAUUUUUUUCCCAAGAACUUGUUUAAAUUUAAUUGAACUUUAAUAGUUUUGAAUCAAAUUUUGAUUUCCAGAAACUAAAAAGGAAGUUUUUUUAUUAAAACAAUUUUUUUCAGGGGCCCGUCGGCUCCGAUGAUGCUACUCAAUGGACAUCAAGGAGGAGCCUGGAUUUAUCAAGGAUUUGAAGAUUUCAUAAAGUUGUUUCUUAGCUUUGAUUUUACAGAUCUGGUGGCGGAUUUUUCGAAGCGGGAAAGAAAAAGAAGCAAAUUUCAGCCCUUUUGAGCUUUCAUGGAGGUAGUUUCAGUUUAUAUUUAUUACAAUUUCAAGGAUUUGAAUAAGAGAAAAACUAGAGAUAAUUUCCGAAAAGAUAUUUAUCAUUUCUUUUUAAUUUCACCUCGUUUUUUUCUGUAAAGAAUAGAAACUCCGACUUUCCAGUGAUCGACCAUUGCUUCCGAGAAGUUGUUCUCGCUCUACGGGACAAUUUGGAAAAACGAAUUUGCUAG